AUGGUAAACGAUGCAGCUCUAAGAGCCUGUCUACUUUGGCUAGCAGUAGUUAUACUGGCAGUUGGUAUUUGCACGCACUCAUUCAAGAAGAUGAUGGUUACCUAUGUGUUGGGUCUUGUUGGAAUUUCUUGUCUUGUUUUACCUGAUUGGGAUUAUUUUAACCGUGAUAUUUCACGUUGGCCUUAUCCUGUUACUGUUGAGGAAAGAACAGAAGCUGCUUUUUCUCAUGGAUCUGGAUUUUCAAGGUUUACUAAGUCUCCUCUGAGGGUGAUUACUUAUAGCUUAAUUUAUGGAUAUGCUAUUUACAAAUGGUGGGAGUAUGUAUGUGGCUAA